AUGCGCUUCGUCUUUGCGCUCGUCAUCGCCCGGCGCAUCGCUCGUCGUCGUGAAGCCACCCGUGAAGCCACCCGUGAAGCCACCCGUGAAGCCGCUUGCAGGGCACGUCGCUGGCUGAUUCUUGCUUCGCUCAUGCGGCUUCGGGACUUCAUGCGCGAGCGCAACUUUCUGCACUUGUCGAGCUUUUUCGCGACCAAGAGAGCGCUCCGUGGUAUCAUUUUUACGCGCGCCGCGACAACUCGUCGUCCAUCUCGCUCGUGUCGAGAUGCAUUCGAGGAUCUACUCAUCGUUUUUGCGCGCCAUUACGUUGUCGCCUCGGGUCGCGCCGUGGCCGUCCCCCGCGCAUUCACAAUCUGCACUGUGGUCAGCACGGUCGCGACGGGCUUCAUCCUGGCGGCGACCCUCGUCGUCGCGUAG